AUGACCUUUUAUCCUUUGCCUUUCAACUUAAGGGUUGUGUUCUUCUAUAACAUUACCGCCGCCACGCUUUGGCUGUGCUGUCUUGGGAGAUUUUGCAUACUUCUACCGCUCGUUGGCAGGCGAUUUCUUCCUGGCGGAAUGGCCGACUUCUUCCACAUUGUGGCAACAUUGCCACUCAUUGGCUUCUUCGUUGUGAAUCUGUGCAGCCGAAGAGAUUACUCAGUGACUGAUUUGUGGGGUCUUUUCUCUGCAUUGCGUAUGGUUUGGGUAUGUUACGGGGUUAUUUAUCCACACCCAACUGUUGCUAAGCAUACAAUGUACUCUGUGUUGAUCGUAGCAUGGUCAUUACAUUACUUGAUUGAUGCUACAUACCACGCGUUUCGGUUGAAAACGAAGACAUCACCACUCUGGCUAUUCUGGCUUCAGUAUCACCACUUUUAUUUGACAUUACCGCUAGAGUUUGCUAGUGAGGCUGUCCUAUUGUUUCUCAGUCUUGGAUAUGUGGAAGGAAAGUUCUACGAACUAUUUUUGCAAGGCUGCUUACUAGCAUAUGUCCCGGUUUGCUAUUUGAUGUUCAACUAUCUUCAGAAGCGCAAAACAUUGCGCUACGACGAAUACAUGCAAAAGAGACUUCGUGGACGCACACAGGAUGAUUCUGUGCCUCUGAAUGCAUCCCCGUCUGUACAUUAG